CCGGCCCCGGCCCCGGCGGAGCGGGACCAUGGAGACCAAGCUGCCCCCGGCGGGGACCCCCACCAGCCCCUCGUCCCCGGGGCUGUCCCCCGUGCCCCCCCCGGACAAGGUGGACGGCUUCUCCCGCCGCUCCCUCCGCCGGGCCCGGCCCCGCCGCUCCCACAGCUCUUCCCAGUUCCGCUACCAGAGCAACCAGCGGGAGCUCACGCCCCUGCCCCUCCUCAAAGACGUCCCGGCCUCCGAGUUGCACGAGCUGCUGGGGCAGAAGCUGGCGCAGUGCGGGGUGCUCUUUGACUUCUUGGACUGCGUGGCCGACCUGAAAGGGAAGGAGGUCAAACGGGCGGCCCUCAACGAGCUGGUGGAGUGCGUGGGGGGCACCCGCGGCGUCCUGAUCGAGCCCGUCUACCCCGACGUCAUCCGCAUGAUCUCGGUGAAUAUCUUCCGAACGCUGCCCCCCAGCGAGAACCCCGAAUUUGACCCCGAAGAGGACGAACCCAACCUGGAGCCCUCCUGGCCGCACCUGCAGCUGGUGUACGAGUUCUUCCUGCGGUUCCUGGAGAGUCCCGACUUCCAGCCCUCGGUGGCCAAGAGAUACGUGGACCAGAAGUUCGUCCUGACGCUCCUGGAGCUGUUCGACAGCGAGGACCCCCGGGAGCGUGAGUACCUCAAGACCAUCCUGCACCGCGUCUACGGCAAGUUCCUGGGGCUGCGGGCCUACGUGCGCAAACAGUGCAAUCACAUCUUCCUGCGGUUCAUCUACGAGCUGGAGCACUUCAACGGGGUGGCGGAGCUGCUGGAGAUCCUGGGCAGUAUCAUCAAUGGCUUCGCGCUGCCUCUGAAGACGGAGCACAAACAGUUCCUGGUGCGGGUGCUGAUCCCCCUCCACUCCGUCAAGUCCCUCUCCAUCUUCCACGCCCAGCUGGCUUACUGUGUGGUGCAGUUCCUGGAGAAGGACGCCACCCUGACCGAACACGUCAUCCGGGGGCUGCUCAAAUACUGGCCCAAAACCUGCACCCAGAAGGAGGUAAUGUUCCUGGGGGAGAUGGAGGAGAUACUGGACGUGAUCGAGCCGUCCCAGUUCGUCAAGAUCCAGGAGCCGCUCUUCAAGCAGGUGGCUCGCUGCGUCUCCAGUCCCCACUUCCAGGUCGCAGAGCGGGCUCUGUAUUUCUGGAACAACGAGUACAUCCUGAGCCUCAUCGAGGACAACUGCCACGCCGUGCUCCCUGCCGUUUUCGGGACCCUGUACCAGGUCUCCAAGGAACACUGGAACCCGACCAUCGUAUCGCUCAUCUAUAAUGUCCUCAAGACCUUCAUGGAGAUGAACGGGAAGCUGUUUGAUGAGCUCACGGCCUCCUACAAGCUAGAGAAGCAGCAGGAGCAGCAGAAGGCCCGGGAGCGGCAGGAGUUGUGGCAGGGGCUGGAGGAGCUGCGGCUACAGCGACUGCGGCGGGGGCCGGCGGAGACCCCCCUCCAGCGGCUCGGGCCCCGAGUGGGCCCCGGGGGAGGCCCGGGACAGAGCUAGAGAAGCCCGGGCGGCCGGCCUUGCCCCCCUAGGGGGGCCCACACAGACAGCUGCCCCCCGGCCCGUGCCGGGGCGGGGGCGAAGCCUCCCGCGCGGACGGCGGGGCCUGGGCCCGGGGGGCGCUGGCUCGGGGCGCCCCGGGGCGGGGGCCGGGCCGCGGAGGGCGGCGCUCUCCGAUCCUCCCGGCUGGACUUGAAAGGGAAGGAGGGACCGGUUGCCCGGCAAGAGGGGGCGGCGUCCCCCUCCGCGACGGGCCCGCGCCCGGGGGCGGGGGGGUCUCUCCCACUCCCGACCCAAGAAACCCCGGCCGUUCCCCGAGGCCACCCGAAGCCCACGUCCCCCGCGGCCCCCUCUCCUCCCGUGCCAGCGCGAGGAUCUCCCCCCUUUCGCCCCCGCCCCAGGCUCUGGAUAUAUUUAUUCCCCCUCUGCCUGCCCCCGUUCUGAGGUGUCCCGUCCCCCCUUUUUAUUUAUCGGUCGGGGGAGGGUGUGAGGGGCCCAGGAUCGGGGGCGGCCGGGUCCCCCGUUGUUCCAGGCCUCCCCUCGCGCCCUCCCCGGCCCUCCCCGCCCAUCCCCGAGAGCAGACUCAAUAAAGAGAGAGACGUGCGGA